GGCAGCUUCGGUAGCACCACCUUGGAAGUUUUUUGGGAAAAAAAUGUGUUAUUGAAAUUCGCAUAUUUUUUUCCCAUAAUAUUGACUUCAUUUAAUCAGAUAAAUUAGGCAGCUUCGUAUGUUACGUUACUGCCACAAAAAAUGAACCAUUUAACCUAUCAACUGCUGAUCCUUACUUUGAUAGCCGGCCACUGUGGUGCUUGUAAUUCCAGGUCAUCGUCCAGGAGCUACAACUCGGCCCCAACGAUCGUCUGCCCAUCGUUUCCCGCCAUCUUGAUGACCGCUAAAGGUGACGUCACCAGAAAUAUUUCCUGGGCCGUGCCCAACGCUUAUGAUGAUAACGGUACACCAAGGUUCUACCAGUCUGAAGGCCUCCCGUCUGGAAGUAUUUUCUCUGAAGGUUCCCACACCAUCCGAUACAUCGCUACUGACUACUACGGCUCGUCGGGGGCAUGCACGGUUUCUUUCAGGCUCAAAGUCCGUAGGUGUCGCGCUGACCACCUGACCCUGGCUAACGGAACUGUCCACUGUCAUGAUGCCAAGGCAGGUAACGUCUACGGCAGCCGGUGCCAGUACGGCUGUGAUCCCGGCUACAGACUUGUGGGGAGUUCUGUGGCCGAGUGCCAGGAGAACGAGACCUGGAGCCGCCCCAAGCCGUACUGUAAAGAGAAGGUCUGCAGGAAGCUCCCACCCCCGGAGAACGGGGCAGUGACCUGCCACAGUGUCAACAGGACCAGUAGGACCUGCCUGCCUCAGUGUGUUCAGGACAUGGUCCUCCAUGACGUGGCCAACAGGACCUACACCUGCUCGGACCUCAGUGAGGUGUGGUCGCCCAAAGACUUCAUUCCCAGAUGCAUGGCCCCAAGACGUCCACAAGACGUCAUGACGUCACCCAGCUUCUACUACUACAGUAGAGACUGCAGCAGUGACGUCAGUGUGGUCAGGGAAAAAUUUCUCACGGCCUUGUCAGGUCUUCAGCUGGUGGGGGCCGGCGGGAAGUGUGACGUCACAGAGGUGGUGGUCACGUGUGGGAAACACGUGACUGUCCGGCAUACGGCUGGUGAACACCUGUCUCAAUAUAAGAUGACAGCCACGCUGAGGGUGGGGGUCUACAGGAACCAAGGCACCCCCACGGGCAGCUACAAGUUCUACAGCUCCGUGGUCGAGUCCCUGGGGGAGCGGCUGUCUAAGGCGUCCUCGGCUGGUGACCUUGACCUUCCCGGGGUUGGCAGGUUUGGGGAACUGGAUCAAGGUCAGGUGAAGUUCACGUGUGAGCCUGGCACGAGGAUGGUCUAUGACGUCAUGGCAUGUGUUGGGUGUGGCCAAGGCUACAUCUACGACACGAAGACAGACAAAUGCAGGGAAUGUCCUAAAGACACCUAUCAGGACCAGGACAUUGGGUUCACCUGCAAGCCGUGUCCUACAGGUACAACGACUGUCUACAUGGGGUCAGUCAGUCUCAAGCAAUGUCAAGGACACUGUCCUGCUGGUCACUACUCAGACACGGGGAUGACGCCAUGCCAGAAAUGUCCAGCUGGAACCCACCAAUCAGAGCGUGGCAUGCACGUGUGUGACCUUUGCCCUUUCGGAAUGUCCACACCUCAGACAGGAGCCACGUCUGGUCAAGAUUGUCAAUUUGUUGCCGUCAGGUUAGACGAGAACAGCCCAGGUCCAGUUCUAGAGGUCAAGGACGAAUCUCCAGUCACCUUCACCUUCAUGGCCUGGCUGUCCGCUGACGUCAAUCACACGAGAUCAAGGCUGAGAUUUUCUCUGGAACAUUCCACGGUCAACUGGAGCUGUGCUGGUCUGGUGCUGGGUCACGUGACCAUCUGUCUGGACACUGACGUCACACAUGAUACGAACAGUUCCUGGAGCCAUCUAGCUGUGACCUGUAACGGCAAAGGGCAAGUUACUCUGUAUGAGAACGGCAAGCAAGGCGAGAGUUAUCUGUAUGUUGAUAUGACCACUUGGAACAAGAUCAACAUACAGUUUCAACCUUCAGAUAACUUGACCUCUGUGGUGGUGAGUGGUCUACAAAUGACACGAACAGAAUACACAGACGUGCAUGUUGGAACAUUCGCGAGGUCAUGUCUGGCACAGGUAGACGACAACAUUCUGGGUGCCAGACAUGGGGACACGCUCAACACGUCGGCAAACACCUGCACAGUGCCAGUCGCACGUGAGUGGUCAAAGUGGGGCCAGUGGUCAGUCUGUGACGUCACGUGUGGUCAUGGCGCCAGGACGAGAACGAGAAAAUGUGAGAACCAAGAUGGCGGCGACUGCUAUGGAGCGGAUCAGGAAACGGAAGUGUGUAGGGUCGCCGACUGCGCCCGAAGACGUCCUAAUGACGUCAUGACGUCACCCAGCUUCUACUACUACAGCGGUAACUGCAGCAGUGACGUCAGUGUUGUCAAGGACAACUUUCUCACGGCCUUGUCAGGUCUUGACCUGCUGGGGGCUGACGGGAAGGUUGACGUCAGAGAGGUCAAGGUCACCUGCGGCAAACACGUCCAACAAAGAGAACUGACGUCACUGUACAAGGUGACUGCUGUCGUCCAUGUCGGUGUCUACCAGCAGAGGAGUGGACCCUGGGGGAGUGGACCCCGGGGGAGCUACAAGUUUUACAACUCUGUGGUCGACUCACUCAAUCACCAGCUGCUUCACGUGCACACCUCGGGUAACCUUGACCUUCCUGGGGUGGGCAGGUUGGCAGAGCUUGAACAAGGUCAGGCGGAGUUCACAUGUGACCCGGGCACGAGGCUGGAGUAUGACGUCAUGGCUUGUGCGGGCUGUGGUCAAGGCUACAUCUACGACACGAAGACAGACAAAUGCAGGGAAUGUCCUAAAGACACCUAUCAGGACCAGGACAUUGGGUUCACCUGCAAGCAAUGUCCUAAGGGUACAGCGACUGUCAGCACUGCAACUGUCAGUCUAAAGCUUUGUCAAGAUUUCUGCUCGCCUGGUCACUACUCAGACACAGGCACGAGACCAUGUCAGACCUGUCCCCCAGGGUCCUACCAGCCACAGGACGGUGGGAGGGGCUGCAGACGUUGUCCCUACGGCAUGUCGACCCCCACCCCAGGAGCAAGAUCCCGCCACGAAUGCCAGUUUGUUGCCGUCAGUUUAAACGAGAACAGCCCAGGUCCAGUUCUAGAGGUCAAGGACGACUCACCUGUCACCUUCACCUUCAUGGCCUGGCUGUCCGCUGACGUCAAUCACACGAGGUCAAGGCUGAGAUUUUCUCUGGAACAUUCCACGGUCAACACGAGCUGUGCAGGGCUGGCGCUGGGUCACGUGACCUUCUGUCUAGACACUGACGUCACCAACGCGACCAGUGAUUGGAGCCAUGUCGCUGUUGUGUACACAAAGAAAGGGGAACUAACCUUGUAUGAAAAUGGGAACCUUGUCGGGAGUUACCUCGAGGAAAUAAAAACCUGUAACAACAUGGCCAUUAAAUUCAAAAGUUCUGCCCACCUCAAAUCUGUGUUGGUGAGUGGUCUACAAAUGACACGAACAGAAUACACAGACGUGCAUGUUGGAACAUUCGCGAGGUCGUGUCUGGCACAGGUAGACGACAACAUCCUGGGUGCCAGACCAGGUGUAGUCCUUAAAGCAGCACCUGGUUCCUGUACAGUUCCUGAUCUUCAAGGCUGGAUGAAGUGGGGCCUGUGGUCACCGUGUGACGUCACGUGUGGUCAAGGCACAAGGUCAAGGUCGAGAAAAUGCAGGAACGCACACCCAGAGAAGGGUGGUGGCCGAUGCACGGGGGAGGGGCAGGAAGCUGAAGUUUGCCACGCCCCACCCUGCGGUAAUUAAUGCCACGCCCCUCCCUUCGGUCAUUGAUGCCACGCCCUUCCCUGCGGUCAUUGAUGCUACCAAGCCUGCAGCAUGUAUUGAUGUGUCACCAUCUGUCGUAUCCCGACUUUAGUUAACUCUCUAACCACUACAGCCCGACUUUAGUUAACUCACUACAGUACAUAUAUGUAUCUUUAUUUUCUACACAUACGAAACCUAUUUCAUUAAACCAGCUUUGGCUUCCACCUCUGA